UACUUGUUCUACAUCUCCAUUAUUAUUGUAAAUUGGCUCUCCUGAUAUGGAUGAAAGCUUGAGGAGGGCUGCUCAAGAAGGAAAUAUUGUUGAAUUAUAUGCAUCAAUCCGAAGAAAUGGAGAUGUUUUGAGGCACAUAGAUGAGAUGGAGUUCGUUGACACUCCAUUACACAUAGCCGCAGCUCAAGGGUGCAUUGAUUUUGCAAUGGAGAUAAUGAUCUUAAAGCCCUCGUUAGCUAAAAAGCUAAACCAAGAAGGCUUUAGUCCCAUUCACCUUGCAGUGGAAAAUGGGCAUAAAGAGUUGGCGGUACAUCUCAUGCAAAAUGAUAAAAGUCUUGUCCGUGUCAAAGGGAGGAAGGGUGAGACUCCUUUACACUAUGCAAUAACUAAAGAACAAAACCUUGAUCUCUUGGCGAGAUUUCUGGAGGCUUGCCCUGAAUGCAUUCGAGAUAUGACGACCACAAACCGGACUGCUUUACACAUUGCAACGGAAAGCAAUAGGUUAGAAGCUCUUCAACUCCUUUGCCGGAUGCUUUGGAAGAGUGAUGAUUGCGGAGAUGUGGUGAACCAGAAAGACAGGAAUGGUGACACUGCCUUGCACAUGGCUGCGCGCAAUAAUCAAUCGCAGAUUCUCAAACUGCUACUAAAUUGCAAGGCUGAUAAGUUUGCGACUAAUCAGGCUGGUUCAACGGCACUGGCUGUUGCAUACGAACUUAAUAACAGAGAGAGCAUUAAUAUUCUGCGCGGUUGGUCAACUGCAGGAGCAUCAAGCUUUCGAUAUAAGCUGCGAAAACGAAUGUCCAAGAUUGUGACAAAGGCAUCAGCAGUAAUUUUUCAAGGUAUGGACGGAAUAUCAAGCGAGGACCGCAAUGCCUUACUGGUAAUUUUAGGAUUGCUUCUAACAGCUACCUACCAAGCCAGUAUUAGCCCGCCUGGUAGUGUUUGGCAAGGUGAUCCUUCCUCAAACUUCACUUCCACUGGAGGAUAUGAUAAAAAAGAACCGGGAAAAUCGGUCAUGAACGAAAUUGAUUUUCUUAUUUUCUAUAUUCCAGCCUGCACUGUCUUCAUAGUAUCGUUUUUCCUAACAUUGGGCCUCCUUAAACCUUUUCCCCGUGGUUUCAGAACUGCCCUUCAAGUACUACUUGCGUUUCUUGCUAUAUCUUUCGAGGAAGCAGUAUCUUUCAUAGCGCCAACUUAUUUAGCGUCUCUAGUCAUCGAUACGCUUUCGCUGUUAGUUUUUAUUUCAAUGAUGUUCAUGUGUAUUGCUUACCGGGUAUCAAAACUUAGCGUUUUAAUUCUAGGAUGCUGGUUAUACCCUGGUCUGUUUGAUUCAUUAAUGACAGGAUCCUAUUUAAUUCUAGGGUGUUGGUUAGUCCUCGGUCUAUAUGAUCUCUUUUGGAUACGAGCCGUUGUAGUUCUAGGAUGCAUUUCACUGAUUUCAGUAAUGCUUUAGAUAUAUUACAUCUGGACGACAGUUUCUACAGUAUCCUAAUUGGUAUUAGUUGGUUUGUUUCUAUUUUGGAUAUAUAGAUGUAAUGUGAUGAGAAGGUGGAUUGACAUGCCACCCCUCACGAUGUAUAGACGCUAACGCUGAAUGAAGCUCUAAAGAUGGCCGCCACUGCAUCUGCAUAUUUCCUAUUUCAGUUUUAUAUAUCUAUUUGUUGUACCACUAAUAAAUUC